AUCUUCCACAAAGUUAACGUUUGUUCUUCAUCCAGAAACCCUUCUUCCGUAGAUAAAGCCAUUCAACCCUAUCCUUAUUCCCGUGCCUUUUUUUGAAUACUAUUCUGUUAUUGCUGUCGUCGUCGUCGUCAUCGUCUUCACUUUCCUCUGACAGUCAUCUUUGUCCUCUGCCACCACAUCUCAGAAGGUAUCAAGAAUAUGAAAACGAAGCCAUGACUUGAGCUUCCACUCACCGUCAGGGAGAGAGAGAGAGAGAGGUAGAGGGUGUCAUCCUUUUCUUGUUUUCAUCUUCUUUUUACAUGAUAAUCUGAUCACUGAGAUCUAGAGAGAGAGAGAGAGAGAGAGAGAUGGACAAAAGCUGUCAUUCGUCCAGUGACUCCACCACCAGUAGCAGCAGCUCCUCCGCAAUCGCCGCCGCCGCCACAAACGUCAGCGACAGUUAUCUAAAGCACCUCAACAGACUCUCCCACAAGGUCUCCAAACCCACCACCAAGAGAACCUCCUCUGACCACGGCCGCGACCACCCUCCGCCCCCGCCGCCGCAGCAGCCGCAGCCGCCGGUGUACAACAUCAGCAAGGAUGAGUUCCGGGAGGUCGUCCAGAAGCUCACCGGCUCCCCCGCCCACGACAGGUUCUCCUCGCCGCCGCCUAUCCAGCCCCCGAAGCCCCCGAGCUCCCGCCUCCAGAGAAUCCGCCCUCCGCCUCUGGCCCACCUCGGCAGCCGCCCGCCACCGCCGCUGCUCAACAGCGUUGCCCCAGAGAAGUUGCAUCCGGUUGACCCGGACACCCAAAUCGCGGCCGCCGCCGCCGGUGCAAACCCUGGGGCGGACAGCGGGUUCAAUCCAAUGGCGCCGUUGGUAUCGCCCCCGUCGCCACUGCCACCGUUUCCAGCAUUCAACUUGCCUGCUGAAUCGCCAGUCUCGGCCUACAUGCGGUACCUCCAGAGGUCGGCGUUGGACGCCGGCUCGAAACCUGACCAGUUUUCUGGAUUCUUGCCUUUAUCCCCACUUGUUUCGCCGUGGUGGAGCAACGUAGCUCCGCCACCGUCUCAGCCGCAGCCGCCGCUGCAGCAGAUUGUGUCGGCACAGCAGGGGAUCCUACCUCCUCCGUCCAUGUCGCCUCAGCCGCCGCUGUUUCAGCUUCCGUCGUCACCCCUGCCUUUCGGGUUCUUAAACUCGCCGCGGUCGCCGUACGCUCUACUUUCGCCAGGCCUGCUGUUUUCGCCUAUGUCGGGACAAUUGGGGUGUCCUCAGUUCCCGCUCUCGCCGACGCCGGUGCCGAGCCCUAAACACAGAGGGCUUUAAUUGAUUGAGAGGUAUGUGUUUUUGCAGGUAAGUUUUAAGGACAAGAAAGGAUAAUUAUUUUGGUCUAGUCUUGGUGUUCCUGGUUCUUGUACAUUUUUGGAGGAUACAAAGGUGGUUCAGAUCAAUGGUGGGGGAGUGCAAAGUUUUUCACUGUUCAUCAAGUAUAGAAUGCUUAUGUAAAUAGGUGCCAAAAGACAAUUUGGUCUGGCUUAAAAUCAUUAUACAUGUCAUGUUCUUUGUAGUUGUUAGAUUUGUCCAUGUUGUUGAUCUCUUAUUCUUCUAUGGAUUGAACUUAUUUGUGCUU